AUAGCACACUGUUCCAUGUUUGGAAUCAUAGAUCUCAACAUGCCAGAUCAGCCGAAAGCCUCCAAGAAGGGCUCGAAGAAGUCCGUCCCGAAGCCGAAGGGCGGCAAGAAGAAGCGCCGCGCCAGGAGGCAGACGUACGGCCUGUACGUGUACAAGGUGCUGAAGCAGGUGCACCCGGACACCGGCAUCUCGUCCAAGGCCAUGAGCGUCAUGAACUCCUUCGUCAACGACAUCUUCGAGCGCAUCGCCUCGGAGGCGUCCCGCCUGGCGCACUACAACAAGCGCUGCACCAUCUCCUCCAGGGAGAUCCAGACCGCCGUGCGCCUGCUGCUGCCCGGGGAGCUGGCCAAGCACGCCGUGUCCGAGGGCACCAAGGCCGUCACCAAGUACACCAGCUCCAAGUGAGGAGCCCCCCCCCCCCCCCCCCGCAACCAA